AUGACCGCCCCAACGGCUCACGCGGAUGCCUUCGACGCACCCUCUUCCGGAAGCUGUUCUUUUGUCACAGCAGCCGCCGUGGCUCAAACAGGCAGAGAGGCGAAGAAGAAAAAAGAGGCCGCGGAUGAAAAGCACCAUCUUCGAGCCGACAUCUACCUGAGGCGGCGCACUUGGAUCAUGAUGCUUAUUGGCCAUGGCCAGCCAUGGCGAGGCGGCAGUACGGUGAUCAUCCUCUCAGAUCUGCCUCGAUAG